GAGGCUCCUCCCCUUCUGGAACAACCCCGCCAUCUUGUACCGUCGCGGCGGAGAAUAGCAGCAGACAUGGCCGACUACAGCAGCGUGGCUCCCCCGUCCUCUGGCUCCGGUGCCGGCAUGAACGAUGCUUUUAAAGAUGCCCUUCAGCGAGCAAGACAGAUCGCAGCCAAGAUAGGUGGGGAUGGCGUGCCUGCACCACCUACAAAUGAGUUCAGCUAUGGGGGUCAGAAGAGGCCCCUGGAGGACGCUGGUGGGUAUUUUCCCAUGCCUAACCUGAAUAUCGAUCAACCUGAGACAAAGAAACCCGCAACAAACGAUUCUUAUUCGUCCAUGGGAGGAAUGGGUGGUCCUCUGAGGUCAGCUUCAGAGGAAUUUAAAGUUCCUGAUGGAAUGGUUGGAUUCAUUAUUGGAAGGGGUGGCGAGCAGAUUUCCCGCCUGCAGCAGGAGUCAGGAUGUAAAAUACAAAUUGCCCCAGACAGUGGAGGGAUGCCUGACCGGUCAGUUACUUUAACCGGACCCCCAGAUUCCAUACAGACUGCCAAAAGGUUACUCUCAGAGAUCGUCGAGAAGGGCCGGCCUGCUCCAGCCUUCCAUCACAGUGAUGGCCCAGGCAUGACGGUUCAAGAGGUCAUGGUCCCUGCUUCGAAAGCUGGGCUUGUCAUCGGGAAAGGCGGGGAAACCAUCAAAAGCCUACAGGAAAGAGCUGGAGUAAAGAUGGUUAUGAUUCAAGAUGGACCGCAGAACACAGGAGCAGACAAACCACUCCGCAUUUCAGGAGACCCUUUCAAAGUUCAGCAAGCCAAAGAGAUGGUCAUGGAGCUGAUCAGGGAGCAGGGUUACCGGGAACAGCGGGGCGAGUACGGAUCCAGAGUGGGAGGAGGUGACAGUUUAGAUGUGCCUGUACCACGGUUUGCUGUUGGAAUUGUGAUUGGAAGAAAUGGAGAGAUGAUCAAGAAGAUCCAAAGCGAUACAGGCGUCAGGAUCCAGUUCAAGCCAGAUGAUGGCAGCACUCCAGAGAGGAUAGCACAGAUCAUGGGUCCGCCCGACCAAGCGCAGCAUGCAGCAGAGAUCAUAUCAGACCUGCUGAGAAGCGUCCAGGCUGGAGGGCCCCCAGGUCACGGUGGCGGUCGAGGACGUGGCCGUGGCCAGGGAAACUGGAACAUGGGGCCCCCUGGUGGCCUGCAGGAGUUUACGUUCACCGUUCCCACCAUGAAGACCGGUCUCAUCAUUGGCAAAGGUGGUGAAACCAUUAAAGGCAUCAGCCAGCAGUCUGGAGCCAGGAUCGAGCUCCAGAGGAACCCCCCGCCUAACUCGGAUCCCAACAUCAAGAUGUUCACAGUGAGAGGAACACCGCAGCAGAUUGACUACGCCAGGCAACUGGUGGAGGAGAAGAUUGGGGGGCCUGUCACUCCAAUGGGAGGUCCUCAUGGGCCCCCUGGCCCACAUGGGGGACCAGGUCCUCAUGGUCCUCCAGGACCACCUGGACCUCCCGGUGCUCCCAUGGGUCCAUAUAACCCUGGCCCGUACAACCAGGGUCCACCAGGACCACACGGCCCUCCAGCUCCCUACCAGCCUCAGGGCUGGGGCAACGGCUAUCCACAAUGGCAGCAGGGACAACCAGAUCCCAAUAAAGCAGCUGCUGAUGCUAACGCCGCGGCGUGGGCAGCCUACUAUGCUCAGUACGGCCAGCAGCCUCAGGCGCCCAUGACGCCGACCAGCGGCGCCCCAGGAACGUCUCAGUCAAACGGUCAAGGUGAGCCACAAGCUGCAGGUCAGAGUGGACAGGCAGAUUACUCCAAGGCCUGGGAGGAAUAUUACAAGAAAAUGGGUCAACAGAGUCAACAACCUCAGGACUACACAAAGGCAUGGGAGGAGUAUUAUAAGAAACAAGGUCAAGCAGCGCCUCAGGCCGCCGCGGCACCUCAGGCCGCAGCAGCGCCGGCCACUCAGCCUGGUGGUCAGCCAGAUUACAGCGCCGCCUGGGCAGAAUACUACCGUCAACAGGCUGCUUACUACGGCACCAACAACCCCCAGUCAAUGGGUGCUGCGCCUCAAGCCCCCCAGGUACGCCCCCCUCCUUAAGAAUGUGUUGCCCGAUGAAUACGUAUUUUGUGCAAACCUCCCUUCCCACAGGACUUGCAGGGUUCCAGUGACCGCAGCUGAUUCUCAAUUUAACCAAUCACUUUCCUCCCUCAGGAUUUGAGCUUUUUUGCGUCCACUGUUUCUGCUGUUAACAUGCAAUGUAUCUUCUAUGUAUUUCUUCUGCGCAGGGCCAGUAAUGUGAAGUGGACAUAAAGUAAAUGCUACAUUGUCGAAAACAAAUCCUUUGUUAAAUGUUUGGAUGCAGACGCCUUGAUGAAGAUCUUAAAUUUCCUUGGUUUGAAAGUGUUUGACAUAGAUGGCAGAUUUCCCGGCGAACACCAUCUCCGUCAUAGAACCUUUGUUUCCUUUAUUUUUCUUUUGCUUGUACAUGUUUUUGUUUUUAGUGAGGUAAAUAUAAACAUUGUCAUUCCAGCCCUGUAUCUUAGAACUCCUGUUUCUGAAACUGUAGACAUUACCAUGUAAAUCAUCUCAGUUUUACAAAAAUGUUCUUUUUUUUUUUUUUUUUUUUUGCAAUAAAA